UUUUUUGAUCGCCGUUCAUUUUUUUUCAUUUUUCACCCUUACAUCUUUUUUUGGAGAAGCAUUCAUUUUAAGGAAAUUUAGGGGGAUUCUAAAAAAAUUUUUUCAGGGGAUCAUUUAUGGGGGAAAAUUUGGGGAAUCAUUCACUUCUUGUUGGGCCUUAUAUUUUUUAAAAUUUUCUCUUCACUUUUAAUACUCAAUCGAAUUGUUUUGUGAUAUUUUUCUUGUUUUUCAUGCUUCCAUUUUGUUAGCCAAAUUUUUUCCAAAAUAAAAUUUUUUGCUGCACCUAAAAAUCAAAUAAAUAAAUUUGGAAGGGCGCGACGUCUAAUUUCCUUCCUCCCCUUACCUAAAGUCUCCGCCUUUUUCCUCUUCUCUCUCUCUCAAUUUUUUACAUGUUCACCUCAUUAAUUUUUUUGUCUUUCUUUCAAAAUUCAAUUCAGUGAUCAGCAUCUAUAAAUGGAAUGAAGAAAUUUAAAGAAAAAAUUCUUCCCUUCUAAAAAUGUUUGUCCGUUCGUCGCGCUCGUUUUGACUGCUUUCCCCCUUUAAAUUAUUCUUCCUCUCCUUUUAAUUUUCUCUCUCUUUUUUUUUAAAUAUUUUGGCAAUUUAAAUAUUUCUUAAUUUUAUUUUAAAAUAAUUUUUUUCAAAUUUUAAGAAAAAUGUUAGAAAAUGAUUUGGAAAAUUUGGACGACUCCUCAUUAAUUUUACAUCAUUUGGGAGGGUCAUUUGUCCAUGCACAAAUUGUAGAAAUCGAAAAUGAAGAUUAUAAUAUAAGCAGCAGCACAAAUUUAAAUUUAUUUUCAUCAUCAACGUCUUCCUCUUCAUUAUUUUCUUCUUCGUCUUCCCAAAGAUCUCUUCUUGAACCAAAUUUUGCCAAUGAAAUUUGGCCAACAACAAAUUCGUCUUUAUUUUAUUCUCAUCCAUUAAUUGCAAUUUUAAUCUCAAUUUUAAUAUUUUUAUUAAUUUUAAUUACUAUAAUUGGAAAUUUGGGUGUUUGUGCUGCAAUUUUGUUAGUUAGAAAAUUAAAAGCGCAACCUGCAAAUUUGUUGCUUAUAUCACUCGCGUUGGCUGAUUUUUGUGUUGGCCUUUUUGUAAUGCCUUUAGCUGCAGUUUAUGUUUUGGAAGAUCGUUGGAUAUUUGGUGAUAUUCUCUGCCGUUUUUGGGUUACUGCCGAUUUAACUUUGUGUACUGCUUCAAUUUUAAAUUUGUGUGCAAUUUCUGUUGAUCGACAUUUGGCUGUGACUAGAGCACUUCGAUAUUCAGCUUUACGUACUCGAAGACGUAUUUGUUUAUAUAUUUGUAUUGUUUGGUUGGGCGCUUUAUUAGUUUCUGCUGCACCUUUAGCUUUGUUACCUUUUCCAAAAAUUGAGCAAUAUUGUCAGGUCUCACAAAAUCGUGUUUAUCAAAUCUAUGCAACAAUUAUUGCGUUUUGGGGUCCAUCAUUAAUAAUGGUUAUUGUUUAUGUUAAAUUAUGGAGUGCUGCGAAAAGAAUGCAUAGACAAGAUCAAUUAGUUUUACGUUGGCAAGGAGUACAUUUACCUUCUGAUGGAGAUUUAGAAGACGGACUUCCACCUCCAACAACAACAACAGCUAAAUCUUUAUUUAGAAAUGAUUCAAUAGCACGUGCAAAUGCUCGAUUUCUUUUUGCAUUGCGUAUGUCAGCACAAAAAUUUGGAUAUUAUGAUCAUCAAAAUAAUAAAACUAAUGGAGAAGUUGUGAAUGAUGAUGAAAAUUUAAGAAUUGAAGUUAGAACAAGUGCUAGUAGUAGUGGUGGUGGUGGAGGAUCUUCUUCUACUUUGGGGACUUUACGUGUUCCAAUAGUAUUAAUUAUUAUGAGUGCCUUCAUAAUUUGUUGGGUGCCAUUUUUUAUUUUAGCUUUGGCAAAAUCACAGCAUUGGGUAAAUUAUGUUCCUAGAUGGCUUGAUUCACUUACAUUAUGGCUUGGAUAUUCUAAUAGCAUGUUAAACCCAAUAAUUUAUUGCAAAUAUAAUCGAGAAUUUCGUGUUCCAUUUGGAGAAAUGCUUUGUUGUCGGUUUAGAACAAUUCAGGACGUUAUGAGAAAUGAAAGUUAUUAUGCUAAAUUUGGUUCUCCAAGAAUUUCUGAAACAAAAAUUGGGGGAAAUCAACAACGGUCAUCUGGAAAUAACUAUUAUACUAAAAGAAAAAGAAACAAUACAGAAAGAAGAGCACCACAAAAUGGAUUUUUAGAUUCUUCAAAGACGAAGAAAAAUUAUGGAAUUAAAAGGAAUAGUAGUCCUUCUAUUUUGAUGGAAUCAUCAAAAUAA